AUGUAUGGCUUCAGCGAAUACAAACACUACCCCAUUUACCUACGGUGUUAUGCACUCUUCAAAGAAUUCGGCGAGGACCCUCCAGAAACUGAAGGAGAGGCCACCAGGCGGUUAUCAAGAGAGCAGCUGUUUACGUUGAUAUCUGCAGCAUCCAUUAAUGUGGGUUCCAGUAUGUGUUACUCUAUUCUUGGACCCUUUUUCCCCAAGGAGGCCGAAAAGAAGGGAGCCAGCAAUACAAUUAUUGGUAUGAUCUUUGGAUGUUACGCUUUGUUUGACUUGCUGGCGUCUUUGGUAUUUGGAAAAUAUCUCGUACAGAUUGGAGCAAAAUUUAUGUUUGUAGCAGGAAUGUUUGUCUCAGGAGGAGUUACAAUUCUUUUUGGUGUGUUGGACCAGGUUCCAGAAGGACCAGUAUUUAUCGCCAUGUGUUUUCUAGUGAGAGUGGCAGACGCAGUAAGCUUUGCUGCAGCCAUAACUGCCUCUUUCUCCAUCCUCGCAAAGGCUUUUCCGAAUAAUGUGGCGACAGUAUUGGGCAGUCUUGAGAUUUUCUCCGGACUUGGCUUUGUGCUGGGGCCUCCUCUGGGUGGCUUUUUGUAUCAAACUUUUGGCUAUGAGGUGCCUUUUAUUUUUCUGGGAUGCAUAGUUCUGUUGAUGGUACCACUCAACAUGUAUAUUUUACCUAAUUAUGAGGCUGAUCCAGGUGGACACUCAUUCUGGAAACUCAUCACUUUACCCAAGGUCGCCCUUAUAGCCUUUGUCAUCAAUUCACUCAGUGCGGGUUUUGGCUUCCUUGACCCUACUCUGUCUCUCUUUGUUUUGGAAAAGUUUCAUUUGCCAGCUGGAUAUGUGGGACUAGUAUUCCUGGGUUUGGCACUCUCCUAUUCUAUUUCUUCACCACUGCUUGGUCUACUAAGUGAUAAAAUGCCACAUCUGAGGAAAUGGUUUCUGGUUUUUGGAAAUUUCAUCACAGCAGGGUGCUACAUGCUCUUAGGACCUGUCCCAGUCUUGUACGUCAAAAGUCAGCUCUGGCUGCUGGUGCUGGUAUUGGUUAUAAACGGCAUCUCUGCUGGGAUGAGUGUAAUUCCGACUUUCCCGGAGAUUCUCAGUUGUGCAUAUGAAAAUGGAUUUGAAGAGGGAUUGAGUACUUUGGGACUCGUGUCAGGUCUCUUUGGUGCAAUGUGGUCAGUUGGUGCUUUUUUAGGACCUACACUGGGUGGAUUUCUGUAUGAAAAGAUUGGUUUUGAAUGGGCAGCAGCUAUACAAGGUCUGUUACCUCUGACAAGUGGUUUAGCAAUGGGCCUAUAUUAUCUACUGGAACACUCAAGGGAAGGAAGAUCUAUACCUCAAGGCGUUCUCACCACAGAGGAGGAGCGAACUGCUCUGUUGCCUAAUGAAAUCUGA